UAAUGUAACACUUCCUGGCUUGAAAGAAGUCGCGUGUUUUAAAACUUUUGCACGACGAACCUACAUGGGUUUUUUCCCCAACGUCUUUGUAUUGCUACUACAGCUAAUGACCUGUGUAGUAGCUUCAUAUAAUUAAUAUGACACAAUGUUAGUUUGAAAUGCCGUUGUAACUUAGUAAGUAACAAGCUUGUUCUUUGCAUGACUAGAGUAAGCUAGCUAGCCGGCUAACGUACACUAGCUACCGCCCGGUAAGUUAGUUCAGGAAUUGUUGGCCCAUGCCAUGUGUCUCAUUCUGUAUCGAUUAAAACGUAAUUUGGCAUAGUAUAUAGCAAGCAAGGCAACGUUGUCCAAAAGGAAUUUGUUUUGUUGAGUUCAUUGACUUGUGUUAGUUGGUAGUAUUAAUUGAGGCUUAAAAGAACGGUAGUAUCAGCUAACGUUAGUCCAACAUGGUCUUCUUCACGUGCAAUGCGUGUGGUGAAUCACUAAAGAAAGCCCAAGUCGAAAAACAUGUGAACAUGUGCCGUGGAUGUGAAAUUUUGUCAUGCAUUGACUGCGGGAAAGACUUUUGGGGAAAUGACUACAAGAACCACAUCAAAUGCAUCAGCGAGGAUCAGAAGUAUGGAGGCAAGGGCUAUGAGGCUAAGUCCAACAAAGGGGAUGUCAAACAGCAACAAUGGAUUCAAAGGAUCCAAGAAGCCAUGAACAAACCAGGAAUCGGUGCCAAGCUGAAAGAUGUUCUAAAUCAAGUCAGUUCGUAUGACAACGUCCCACGAAAGAAGUCGAAGUUCCAGAACUGGAUGAAGAACAGUCUGAAGAUCCACAAUCCCACGCUGCAUGACCAGGUGUGGGACAUCUUUUCAGCAGCAACCAGCAGCCUGGCUCCCGAAGCCCCGAAUCAGACUGAGGAACCCAGGCAGUCUGUUGCUGAAAGCAAGACCGAGACUAAUGGGAGCAAUCAGAAUGGCACAUCGGAGGAGCCACCACCAGAGAAGAAGAAGUUGAACAAGCGUGAGCGCAAAGAGGCAAGACAAAAGAAAAGCGGGAAGAAAGAAAAGAAAGCCCCGGAGAACGGUAGCACCGAGGAGGAGGAAGCAAGCGCAGGCAAACGAAAGGACAAAAGGAAGAGGAGUUCUGAGGAAGAUGGGGAGCAAAAAGGCCACGAUGCUGGAGGAGAGGUGACCACCAAGAAACGGAAGACCAGUAAAAAGGACAGUUCCGAAGAUGACCAAAACACAGAAGCGGCUGAGGAGGAGGCAGAGGGUGCUGCAGGAGAAGCAAGUUCCAAAGGCAAGUUCAAUUGGAAAGGAACAAUAAAGGCAGUCUUAAAACAAUCUCCUGAAGAAGGACUUGCGGUGAAAAAACUCAGGAAGAAGGUUUUGUCAGCUUACUACUCAUUCAGCGGAGAGGGGAAUUUCAAAUCAGAAGAGGAGCUGCUCGCACUCUUCAACAAGAAGAUUAAAGGCAACCCCAAGUUUAGAGAAUUAAAAGACAAAGUUAGACUUGUGAAGUAGAUCAUGAAUUCCAGCGUGGCUGUUUUAACAACUCACCGUCAUCUUCAGUGGUAUGCGUGUCAUUUUAAAGACGUCAUCUGAAAGAUUAAAUCAUUUUUCAACACCAAGUCAUAACCCUUUACUGACUUUUAAUUGGUCACCAAUGUUGUCUUGUUUCUUUAAGACUAGAAACAAUGUAGGCUUUAGUGUAAAGAGCCACUGAACAUGCCAAUUUGCACAUAUUUUUCUGUUGCUCGUUAGGAAAAUGAGAUUUCAGUCUUGGAGGUGUGUUUCCUGAAAAAUUCCACGUUUGGUUAAUGAUGUUUGUCCCCUAUGAGACACUAGCCUAUUUCAUGUCCUCAAAAUCCCCAUAAAGAAUCUAGAACUCAAGAACUCCGUAAUAAAUGUUAACGCCUUUGCCGAGGAUGUUUUAGUUCAGCAAUUUUACAUUUAACUAAGGUGUUUGGUGCAGUAUUUCUGAAGUUAGAAAAUAUGAGACAUGUUGUCUUAUGUAAAGAAAGUCAGAGCUUCUGGGCAGGUCUGCCUCACUGUCUAUGCUAUUGGUUAAAGCGCAAUCACCGCAGCUGGUCAUCCCAUGUUAGUGGGGAAAUGGUCAUUGUCAAAUCAGCACCCAACCUUCAUUUACCCAUUGUGACGUACGGAUGUUCCAAACUCUUUUGGACAUGACUGACUAUUUAAUAUAUGAUUAUUUACACUGUAGUCAAUUCUGACACUAGAAUAACUGUUUCUGACUCCUAUCCAUGCCAAAUGGCUGUUUUCAACAGUCACUCUGUUUGCAACAUGUUCAUUUUAAUAGAGACACUUGUUUAAUGAUUGGUGUGAACAGACCUAAUGAGUGUUCUGUAAAAGCAAGACUGACAAAUGGAGGUGGUUCAGAAGCACUCGUGUGAUAAGGGCUUACCAAGAAAAACUUCCAAACGGACUUAUUCGAGACAGAAUUUGGAGCACUUAACAAAAAAGGCAGAGAUUAAUCAGUUGAAUUAUUCCUUUUGGAAGUUUUUCUUGAUUAGCCCAUUCAAUGGAUGUUUGUCAUUGUUGUCUAACACCCCUCCUAUUUUCCUGUUUGCUUUAGUGCGGAGGCCCACCUGGACUCACCCCAGGCUAAUACUUAGGCUUUAGUCCAGCAAGAUAAACACUGUCUUGUUGCA